CCAACGCUGGGGAAAUGCACCCGCCCAAGUCAGGUCAGAGACGCCAGGCGUUAACGCGAGUUUGUACCUGCUUCAGGCAAGACGAUUUGUGCCAGCCCUUCCUGGGGCACCGAACGGAACCGAGACCCUCCCUCACCUGCUCCGUGGGGGCCGCCUGCCCCCAUCGCCCCUCCUGGUACGACCGAGAUGGCGCGCGGCGGAGCCCAGGGCAAACCCCAGGUGGGGCUGGGGCGACCGAGCUGUGAAUAUCCCCGUCCCAGCUGGCCCCCGGCAUGGCACUGAGAUGCCAGGUGGAGGGAUACUGGGAUGAGUGUGACUCUGCCCCAUCCCAGCCCCUGGGGACAGUCGCCCCCAACGUGCCCAGGGUCGAGGGUUCGUGGCUGCCAGGGAAGGCAGCGCUAAGGGAAGGCGACGGUUUUACCCUGCGCUGCCAGGCUGCUGCCCUGCGGCCCGUCGCCGGGUACGUCUGGUCCCGCGGGGACGUGUGGCUGCCAGAAGCCGGGCAGGAUUUACGUGUUGACAAGGCAGCCGUCUCUGACGGAGGGAGCUACGCGUGCGGGGUCUGGGUCUCCGGCCCCGGCUGGGCGUAUCUGAGCCUCUCUGCGAGGGAAUCGGUCGAAGUUCAACGCUCUGGCAGGUGCCCAUGUCUGAGCCCCGGCCUCGUGGCAGGCGUUGCGGUUGCUAUCCUGCUCCUCGUCGUCCUUGUUAACGUGGGGGUUUGGUACCUGCUUGGCAGAGGCCGGUGGCAGGCAGCAGCUAAGAGGGCUGCGCAGGGUGCUGAGCUUUCCCGCAGGCCAAAAACAGAUUCACCCUAUGAGGAACUCCAAGGACGGACCCAGGAUAUUUACAGCCAGUUGGUCUCUCCCCAAGCUGGUUCCCACUGAGCUCUGCUGAAAUCCCAACCAGCCGGGGACCCCUCUGCAUGGCCGGGACCCUAAACACAAAGAGAAGCCAUCGCUCUAUGGGGCCAGAUCCCAGCAGGGGUCCACAAGCACUGACUUUCCAUUGUGCCGGGGGGUGCUUGACCCCUGGCUCUGCCCACCCCUGGCUCUGCCCCAGGCCCAACCCCGACCCUCAAGGCCACACCU